AUGUUGAAGAGGAGGCGCGGCCGCUCCCAGACGCAGACAGCGGGCACCGGGGACCUGUCAGACCCAGACACUCAGGGAGAAUCCAGCCUGCAGUAUUGAAAUAGAGCAACUUAAGCGAUAAGAAAAACAAACGACACACUCAAAACUGAACGGAGGAAUCAUGUCCAAGGGACCAGCAAUCGGCAUAGACCUGGGCACCACCUACUCUUGUGUGGGAGUGUUUCAGCACGGCAAAGUUGAGAUCAUUGCCAACGACCAGGGAAAUAGGACCACACCCAGUUAUGUUGCGUUCACUGACUCAGAAAGGCUGAUCGGGGAUCCAGCCAAGAACCAGGUGGCAAUGAACCCCUGCAACACAGUAUUUGAUGCAAAGCGUCUUAUAGGGCGUCGCUUUGAUGACCCCAUGGUCCAGUCAGACCGGAAACACUGGCCAUUUACAGUCAUUGAUGACUCCAGCAAGCCCAAAAUUCAAGUAGAAUACAAGGGUGAGACCAAGACCUUCUUCGCUGAGGAGAUCUCCUCCAUGGUGCUGACUAAAAUGAAGGAGAUUGCAGAGGCUUACCUAGGAAAGACUGUAUCCAAUGCUGUGGUGACUGUUCCUGCCUACUUCAAUGACUCUCAGCGCCAGGCCACCAAAGAUGCUGGGACCAUUUCUGGACUGAAUGUCCUUCGUAUUAUCAAUGAACCAACUGCUGCUGCUAUUGCUUAUGGCCUGGACAAAAAGGUUGGAACAGAAAGAAAUGUUCUCAUCUUUGACCUGGGUGGUGGUACAUUUGAUGUCUCCAUCCUGACCAUCGAAGACGGCAUCUUUGAGGUGAAGUCCACAGCAGGUGACACACACUUGGGUGGAGAAGACUUUGAUAACCGCAUGGUCAACCACUUCAUCGCUGAGUUCAAACGCAAGUACAAGAAAGACAUCAGUGACAACAAAAGGGCUGUGCGCCGUCUGCGCACAGCAUGCGAAAGGUCCAAGCGCACAUUGUCCUCCAGCACCCAGGCCAGCAUUGAAAUCGAUUCUCUGUACGAGGGUAUCGACUUCUACACCUCCAUCACAAGGGCUCGCUUUGAAGAGCUGAACGCAGACCUGUUUAGAGGAACCCUGGAGCCUGUGGAAAAGGCUCUUCGUGAUGCCAAGAUGGACAAGGGAAAUAUCCAUGACAUCGUCCUGGUGGGAGGUUCCACUCGUAUCCCAAAGAUCCAGAAGCUGCUGCAGGACUUCUUCAAUGGAAAGGAGCUCAAUAAGAGCAUCAACCCUGACGAAGCAGUGGCCUAUGGAGCAGCUGUGCAGGCAGCAAUUCUGGCAGGUGACAAGUCAGAGAAUGUGCAGGAUCUGCUGUUGCUGGAUGUGACCCCCUUGUCCCUGGGCAUUGAGACGGCUGGAGGAGUGAUGACUGUUCUCAUUAAGAGGAACACCACCAUACCCACAAAGCAGACCCAGACCUUCACCACCUACUCUGACAACCAGCCUGGUGUGCUCAUUCAGGUAUUUGAGGGUGAAAGGGCCAUGACCAAAGACAACAACCUUUUGGGCAAAUUUGAGCUGACUGGAAUCCCCCCUGCACCCAGAGGAGUCCCUCAGAUUGAGGUGACCUUUGAUAUCGAUGCUAAUGGCAUCAUGAAUGUGUCUGCUGUGGACAAGAGCACAGGGAAGGAGAACAAGAUCACCAUCACCAAUGACAAAGGUCGUUUGAGCAAGGAGGACAUUGAGCGUAUGGUCCAGGAUGCAGAGGAUUUCAAGGCUGAAGAUGACAAGCAGAGAGAAAAGGUGGCAGCAAAGAAUGGUUUAGAGUCAUACGCCUUCAACAUGAAGUCUACAGUGGAAGAUGAGAAGCUGAAGGACAAGAUCAGUGAUGAGGACAGAAAGAAGAUUGUGGACAAGUGUAACGAAGUCAUCAGCUGGCUGGACAAAAACCAGACUGCAGAAAAAGAUGAGUUUGACCAUCAGCAAAAGGAGUUGGAGAAGCUGUGCAACCCCAUUAUGACCAAGCUGUACCAGAACGCAGGUGGCACACCUGGAGGGAUGCCAGGGGGCAUGCCUGGCGGCUUUCCUGGAGCUGGUGGUGCUCCUGGAGGCGGAACAUCCUCAGGCCCCACCAUUGAGGAAGUCGACUAGAUUCACGGCUGAGCAGACUUACAUGAGUUUACUCUCUUUCGUCUUUCAAAAGCUGGUGUGAGAGGGGAUAGCGGUCAUAUUAUCACAAGAGUUCUUAAUUGUUGUUCUCAGACACUUUGAACAGCUUUGUUUGGAAUUUUCUUUUGAUAAUUUUAUAUACAAGGCUUUAAGACAACUCUUGCACUGUGGGUUUUCUCGCUGGUGGUCUGUUCGGGUGACAGUAUUAUUUUCAUUCAAACCUGUUUCUGUUAUUUUAUACUUUUGUUUUCUUCCAGAAAGAGUGGGUGCUGCUUUACACUUUGAAAAUAUGAUAGAAUAAAAGGUUUUUGGUGAA